CAGUGGGGGACCGUGUGCAGUUACCGCUGGGACAAGUCCGAUGCUGCAGUGGUUUGUAGGCAGCUGGGCUGUGGGGGUGCUCUCGAAGCUCCUGGAUAUGCACACUUUGGGCCAGGAUCUGGGCCUAUUUGGAUGGAUGGUGUUCAGUGUAAUGGCAAGGAGUCUGCCUUGUCUGACUGCACACACAGGGGAUGGGGUCAAGCAAACUGCGAUCACAGCUGGGAUGCUGGAGUGACAUGCUCAGGAUUUGUGCGGCUGGUCGGAGGGAACAGCCCCUGCUCAGGAAGUGUGGAGAUCUACGACAGGGACCAGUGGAAAGCUGUCUGUCACUCCCACUUUGGUGCCAAAGCUGCCGAGGUGGUCUGCAGGGAGCUGCAGUGUGGCACAGCCCUGUCUGUCCAUGGGGCAGCUCAGCUGGGAGAAGGGGCCGGUCCUGUCUGGGACAGAGAGCUGCAGUGUGUGGGGAAUGAAUCCGUCCUCUCCUUCUGCCCCACGGAGGCCCCCAAGGACAAGGCCUGCACCCACAGCAAUGGCACUCAUGUCACCUGCACACGGUUCAGGCUGGUGAACGGCAGAACAGCGUGUGAGGGCAGGGUGGAGGUCGCGGUGCUGGGGACAUGGGGGACCCUCUGUGCCUCCCGCUGGGACCUCUCGGAUGCCCACGUUCUGUGUCGGCACCUUGGCUGUGGCUUUGCUGAGUCCAUUCCUGGAGGAGGGCAUUUUGGGAGAGGAACCGGCCCCGUCUGGAGAGACUCGUUCCACUGUGACGGGACUGAAGCCCACCUGGGGCAGUGCCCGGUGACUGCCCUGGGGGCCUCGCCGUGCUCCCAGGAGAACGCUGCUGCUGUCAUUUGCUCAGGCCCGGCUCACCACAUGUCUGUACGGUUGGUGGGCGGAGGGAGCCGGUGCGAAGGGCGCGUGGAGGUCUUCCAGCACGGGAUGUGGGGCAGAGUCCUGGAUGAGCAGUGGGACAUGCAGGAGGCCAGCGUGGUGUGCCGGCAGCUGCAGUGCGGAGAGGCAGAGGCAGCCUACACCCCUGUGAGGGCCGAGCGAGGACGAGGACCUGUGGGGCUGCGUGGGGUGCGGUGUGCAGGGCACGAGGCUGACCUGAGCCUCUGCAACACCUCGCUGCCUCAGAGCACACAGGCAGCAAUCAUGGAGGACGUGGGGGUCGUGUGCCGGGGGAGCCGGCGGGUCCGGCUGGUGGACGGGGCCAGGCGCUGUGCCGGGAGAGUGGAGAUCUACUACCAGGGGCGCUGGGGCACCGUCUGCGACGACGCCUGGGACCUGGCCGACGCCGCCGUCGUUUGCCGCCAGCUGGGCUGCGGAGGGGCCCUGGAGGCAGCCGGCUCUGCUCGGUUUGGGGAGGGCUCCGGGCAGAUCUGGCUGGAUGGCGUCAACUGCUCCGGGGCCGAAGCUGCUCUCUGGGACUGCCCUGCCGAGGCCUGGGGGCAGCACGACUGCAGGCACAAGGAGGACGCGGGAGUCGUCUGUUCAGAGUUCAUGGCCCUGAGGCUGGAGAACAGCGAUGGCUGCUCCAGGCGCCUGCAGGUUUUCUACAAUGGGACGUGA